AGCUGCCGCCGCGGCCGGCCGGCGACGCUGGCGACGCUUUCGCCCCCGAGGUAGUUUGGCGACCGCGAAGGAGGAAAAACUGCGGGCGGGCGGCUGUCCUCUCCCCGUCCUCACCCAGCGAGGCUCGGCCCGCGCCUCCGUCGUGGAUUUCGCGGCGAUCCCCCCGGCAGCUCUUUGCAAAGCUGCUUGAAACUUCUCCCAAACUCGGCAUGGAUACGGCGGCGGCGGUGCUGCCUGCUUUUGUGGCGCUCUUGCUCUUCUCCCCUUGGCCUCUCCUGGGGUCGGCCCAAGGCCAGUUCUCCGCAGGCGGCUGUACUUUUGAUGAUGGUCCAGGAGCUUGUGAUUACCACCAGGAUCUGUAUGAUGACUUUGAAUGGGUGCAUGUUAGCGCUCAGGAGCCUCAUUAUCUACCACCUGAGAUGCCUCAAGGUUCCUAUAUGAUAGUGGACUCUUCAGAUCAUGACCCUGGAGAAAAAGCCAGACUUCAGCUGCCUACAAUGAAGGAAAACGACACUCACUGCAUUGAUUUCAGUUAUCUAUUAUAUAGCCAGAAAGGGCUGAAUCCUGGCACUUUGAACAUAUUAGUUAGGGUGAAUAAAGGACCUCUUGCCAACCCAAUUUGGAAUGUGACUGGAUUCACCGGUAGAGAUUGGCUUCGGGCUGAGCUAGCAGUGAGCACCUUUUGGCCCAAUGAAUAUCAGGUAAUCAUAUACCUGAAAGCUCAGUCAGCACCUCCUGCCUUUGCUUUAUUUGGAGAAGUCCACAUCUGGCUGGCCCUGUUCUCAGAUACUGGCCUUGUCUACUUGGCCUUGAACUGCCAAGCUCUGCAGGGUUCAGCAGAUUGGAUCAUGGUCCAGAAGAGACUCUGGCGUAAGAGAGCUGGUUACCAAGAAGCUUGCUACGCGCUGUCCUGGAAUUUUGAAUUGGGAGCUGGAGUAGGAGAUAAAUCUCCUCAUUUCCUCCGUCUAGGGGAUGUAGAGGUGAAUGCAGGGCAGAAUGCUACAUUUCAGUGCAUUGCCACAGGGAGAGAUGCUGUUCAUAACAAGUUAUGGCUGCAGAGACGAAAUGGAGAAGAUAUACCAGUAGCCCAGACUAAGAACAUCAAUCACAGAAGAUUUGCCGCUUCCUUCAGAUUGCAAGAAGUGACAAAAACUGACCAGGAUUUGUAUCGCUGUGUAACUCAGUCAGAACGAGGUUCUGGUGUGUCCAAUUUUGCUCAACUUAUUGUGAGAGAACCACCAAGACCCAUUGCUCCUCCUCAGCUGCUUGGUGUUGGGCCUACAUAUUUGCUGAUCCAGCUAAAUGCCAACUCCAUCAUUGGUGAUGGUCCUAUCAUCCUAAAAGAGGUAGAGUACCGAAUGACAUCAGGAUCCUGGACAGAAACCCACGCAGUCAAUGCUCCAACUUACAAAUUAUGGCAUUUAGAUCCAGAUACCGAAUAUGAGAUCCGAGUUCUACUUACGAGACCUGGUGAAGGUGGAACGGGGCUCCCAGGACCCCCACUAAUCACCAGAACAAAGUGUGCAGAACCUAUGCGAACCCCAAAGACAUUAAAGAUUGCUGAAAUACAGGCAAGACGGAUUGCUGUGGACUGGGAAUCCCUGGGUUACAACAUUACACGUUGCCACACUUUCAAUGUCACUAUCUGCUACCAUUACUUCCGUGGUCACAAUGAGAGUAAGGCAGACUGUUUGGACAUGGACCCCAAAGCCCCUCAGCAUGUUGUGAACCAUCUGCCACCUUAUACAAAUGUCAGCCUCAAGAUGAUCCUAACCAAUCCAGAGGGAAGGAAGGAGAGUGAAGAGACAAUUAUUCAAACUGAUGAAGAUGUGCCUGGUCCCGUACCAGUAAAAUCUCUUCAAGGAACAUCCUUUGAAAAUAAGAUCUUCCUGAACUGGAAAGAACCUUUGGAUCCAAAUGGAAUCAUCACUCAAUAUGAGAUCAGCUAUAGCAGUAUAAGAUCAUUUGAUCCUGCAGUUCCAGUGGCUGGACCUCCCCAGACUGUAUCAAAUUUGUGGAACAGUACACACCAUGUCUUUAUGCAUCUCCACCCUGGAACCACGUACCAGUUUUUCAUAAAGGCCAGUACAGUCAAAGGCUUCGGGCCAGCCACGGCCAUCAAUGUCACCACUAAUAUCUCAGCUCCCACUUUACCUGACUAUGAAGGAAUUGAUGCCUCUCUCAAUGAAACUGCUACCACAAUAACUGUAUUGUUGAGACCAGCACAAGCCAAAGGUGCUCCUAUCAGUGCUUAUCAGAUUGUUGUGGAAGAGCUGCACCCACACCGAACCAAGAGAGAAGCUGGAGCCAUGGAAUGCUACCAGGUUCCUGUCACAUACCAAAAUGCCAUGAGUGGAGGUGCACCCUAUUACUUUGCUGCAGAGCUGCCCCCGGGAAACCUGCCUGAGCCUGCCCCAUUCACUGUGGGUGACAAUAGGACCUACCAAGGCUUUUGGAACCCUCCUUUGGCUCCACGAAAAGGAUACAACAUCUAUUUCCAGGCGAUGAGCAGUGUGGAGAAGGAAACUAAAACCCAGUGUGUACGCAUUGCUACAAAAGCAGCAGCAACAGAAGAACCAGAAGUUAUCCCAGAUCCCGCCAAGCAGACAGACAGAGUGGUGAAAAUAGCAGGAAUUAGUGCUGGAAUUUUGGUGUUCAUCCUCCUUCUCCUAGUUGUCAUAUUAAUUGUAAAAAAGAGUAAACUUGCUAAAAAACGCAAAGAUGCCAUGGGGAAUACCCGGCAGGAGAUGACUCACAUGGUGAAUGCAAUGGAUCGAAGCUAUGCUGAUCAGAGCACUCUGCACGCAGAAGAUCCUCUUUCCAUCACCUUCAUGGACCAACAUAACUUUAGUCCAAGAUUGCCCAAUGAUCCACUUGUACCGACUGCUGUGUUAGUCCCUAUAACAGAUGAGAACCACAGUGCUACAGCAGAGUCCAGUCGCCUUCUAGACGUACCUCGCUACCUCUGUGAGGGGACGGAAUCCCCUUACCAGACAGGACAGCUGCAUCCAGCCAUCAGGGUAGCUGAUUUACUGCAGCACAUUAAUCUCAUGAAGACCUCAGACAGCUAUGGGUUCAAAGAGGAAUAUGAGAGCUUCUUUGAAGGACAGUCAGCAUCUUGGGAUGUAGCUAAAAAAGAUCAAAAUAGAGCAAAAAACCGAUAUGGAAACAUUAUAGCAUAUGAUCACUCCAGAGUAAUUUUGCAACCUGUAGAGGAUGAUCCUUCCUCAGAUUAUAUUAAUGCCAACUAUAUUGAUAUUUGGCUGUACAGGGAUGGCUACCAGAGACCAAGUCACUACAUUGCAACCCAAGGUCCCGUUCAUGAAACAGUAUAUGAUUUCUGGAGGAUGAUUUGGCAAGAACAAUCUGCUUGCAUUGUGAUGGUUACAAAUUUAGUUGAAGUUGGCCGGGUUAAAUGCUAUAAAUAUUGGCCUGAUGAUACUGAAGUUUAUGGUGACUUCAAAGUAACCUGUGUAGAGAUGGAACCACUUGCAGAAUAUGUAGUUAGGACAUUUACCCUGGAAAGGAGGGGAUACAAUGAAAUCCGUGAAGUUAAACAGUUCCAUUUCACGGGCUGGCCUGACCAUGGAGUGCCCUACCAUGCUACAGGGCUUCUUUCCUUUAUCCGGCGAGUCAAGUUAUCCAACCCUCCCAGUGCUGGCCCCAUCGUUGUACAUUGCAGUGCUGGUGCUGGAAGAACUGGCUGUUACAUUGUGAUUGACAUCAUGCUGGACAUGGCUGAAAGAGAGGGUGUUGUUGAUAUCUACAAUUGUGUCAAAGCCUUACGAUCUCGUCGUAUCAAUAUGGUCCAGACAGAGGAACAAUACAUUUUUAUUCAUGAUGCCAUUUUAGAAGCCUGCUUAUGUGGAGAAACUGCCAUACCUGUCUGUGAAUUUAAAGCUGCAUAUUUUGAUAUGAUUAGAAUAGACUCUCAGACUAACUCUUCACAUCUCAAGGAUGAAUUUCAGACUCUGAAUUCAGUCACCCCUCGACUACAAGCUGAAGACUGCAGUAUAGCAUGCCUGCCAAGGAACCAUGACAAGAACCGUUUCAUGGACAUGCUGCCACCUGACAGAUGUCUGCCUUUUUUAAUUACAAUUGAUGGGGAGAGCAGUAACUACAUCAAUGCUGCUCUUAUGGACAGCUACAGGCAACCAGCUGCUUUCAUCGUCACACAAUACCCUCUGCCAAACACUGUGAAAGACUUCUGGAGAUUAGUGUAUGAUUAUGGCUGUACCUCCAUUGUGAUGUUAAACGAAGUCGACUUGUCCCAGGGCUGCCCUCAAUACUGGCCAGAGGAAGGGAUGCUACGAUAUGGCCCCAUCCAAGUGGAAUGUAUGUCUUGUUCAAUGGAUUGUGAUGUGAUCAACCGGAUUUUUAGGAUAUGCAAUCUAACAAGACCACAGGAAGGUUAUCUGAUGGUACAGCAGUUUCAGUACCUAGGAUGGGCUUCUCAUCGAGAAGUGCCUGGAUCCAAAAGGUCAUUCUUGAAACUGAUACUGCAGGUGGAAAAGUGGCAGGAGGAAUGCGAGGAAGGGGAAGGCCGGACGAUUAUCCACUGCCUAAAUGGUGGUGGACGAAGUGGCAUGUUCUGUGCUAUUGGCAUUGUCGUUGAAAUGGUGAAACGGCAAAAUGUUGUCGAUGUUUUCCAUGCGGUAAAAACACUAAGGAACAGCAAGCCAAACAUGGUGGAAGCCCCGGAGCAAUACCGUUUCUGCUAUGAUGUAGCAUUGGAGUACCUGGAAUCAUCUUAAUUGGGUGAGACUCUUUAAAGUGCGUCCACGAGGAAACCUGUUCGUCUAUUGAGCCAGCAGCUGUUGUACCUGUUACACUUGUGCAGAAAGAUUUUAAUGUGGGGGGUGGGAGACUUUUACAUUUGAGAGGUAAAAGUAUUUUUCUUAUGAAGUUGUGUAUCUUAAUAAAAAGGACUUAAUUAGUUUUUAUUACUAUAUUAAAGCAUCAACAUUUCAUGCCACAUAAAUUAUAUUUAAUAAGAACCAGAUUCAAAUGAGAACUUAUUGGUGUUUGUACAGUGAACAUGCCACCUUUUCUCUUGUGGUUUCAGUAGAGCAGCUACCACAUGUUGCAUGAGUUCAUACUUUCUAUGUGGCAUUUUUCUCCCUUUUUAAAAUGAAAGCUGAUGAAUCUUAAAAGGAAAAAGAAAAGAAAAGCUGUGCAAAUUCAUAGUAAAGUUCAUUUUUUAUAUGUUUCAAGUGUAGCAGAUCUCUAUAUAAAUAUAUAAAUAUAUAUAACUGGCUUAUUUUCUUUUAAUGUGCAAUGAUGGCUGGAUCAUUUAAAGUUCUUUUUAGAAAAUAACAUAAGCCAAAGACUCAAGUGUAAAUAUGUCUAUAUGGAGAAAGCACAUUAUAUUUAUUGGUUACCUACAUUCCUUUUUUGAUGGCUAAAAUACUACCACCACACAAUCAUCUUUUUUUUCCUUGAAGAAAGCUUUUUCUUUAGCUGAAAUCAGUUGUAAACGAUUUUUGUAGAUUAUUUUUUGUAUGUUUUAGUGUAAGUAGAGGAUAAACUUUUUAUUCAUAAACCAGGAAACGAUGUUCUUUAUAGUGUUUCUCUUGUGUACAUGCUUGUGAAUUAAAUUUGUGUAAAAUCCCUUGGCAAUUGGUCUUUUAAUAUAGGACCAAAUUAAAACAUUUUGCUGAAAAUGUAUAGUUUUUCACAAUUUCAUUACAUAAAUAAUGGUUUGGUGAUCAUACAUGAGAAAUGUACACAUUAAAAGGCCUUGCUGACAACUUGCACAAGGUUGAACAUGACCUUUAAGCAUCAUUUAAAUUUUAAAGGAAUUGAUUUUUUCAGCGUGUGGCCCAUCGCUGGUCAAGAAAACAAGAUGGCAAUAUAUAUGCUUUCAGGGUCAAAUUUUAGCAAACUGUAAACUGUCAGGGUGAUAAAAUGUUCCUCUUGAUGUUUACAUGCACAAGCUUUGGGUUCUGACUAUAAAAAGUGUGAACAAAUCAAUGCCAGAUUCCUGUUUUGCGCAUUGUCAUGGGAUUCUUAAGUGAACCUUUCUAAACGUGGUCUUGUUCACAUGCUCUAUGUAGCUGUAACUUCACAUCAUCAGCUUGCAGUUUGUAAUUGACUAAAGCAUUCCAGUGUCCUCUUUCUAGAUUGCCAGUUCAUGACAUGGUGCUUAUAAAGAUUUAAUUAAAGUAAGAAUGAAAUAAAGUUUUUAUAAUGAUCAUA